CCUCUUCACCAUUCCUAGGAUCCAGCAGCAACAACAAACAUGAGCCUGAAGGUUCUGGCUAUACUUUUAGCCAUACUCCUCUAUUCUACUGAUGUUCACGGUUUCCUAAGGCUCCGGGGGGGCCGGUGCCUUUGUAGAGGCUCUACAGUGAACUCGGUAAAUCUAGCAAACAUUAAAAAGCUUUCGAUAUUUUUUCCAAGUGGCAGUUGUGACAAAAAAGAAUUAAUUAUCACCCUGAAAAGAAGUGGGGACCAAAUGUGCUUGAAUCCAGAAUCCAAACAAGGAAAGUUUCUCUUGAAGAGAGUUAUAAAAAUGAAUUCUUGAAAAGGAAGAUCACAAAGCACCAUAAAGGACUUCAAAACUUUGAUUAAGUCCUUUUGUGACCACUAGACCACUGACUACCCACUCUAAAAAUGAUGGGGCAUUGGAGGAAAUGGCCUUUCAGGUGCUUUCCAGGUCUAGAUCAAUGAUCCUAUAAUCUACCCUCUAGUCUAGACGACCUCUUUCCCUACUUCAGCCUAGCUAGCUAGCUAGAUGGUCUAGCCCAAGAACCACCAAGGAGCUCUGUUGUCUACAGCUGGUGUACGGUGUUUGUGAAAAGCUACUUUCCUUUCUCAACUGACUGAGUCUCUUGUUUUGGUUACAGUGUCUCAUUUACCAUCAGGAGUUGUAGCAAAGACAUCAACAUUUAUUACUAAUAACAUUUAUUGUUUGUCAAAAUAUGAUAGAUCCAAAUCCAUAAAUGAUAUAGGAAAUUAUCUGAAUAAUGAAUGAUUUUACACAUAAAGCACGGUUAUCUUUUGGAUAAAAAAAAUGUACUUUAUAGUCAGUAAGGGAAGAAUUUUUAUUCCUUAUAAUGUUGUUAUAACAAAGAAUUAGCCUGUUAAGUGCCAUUGUGAAAGGAAAUUAAGAACUGGGGAAAAGGAGAAGGGCUGAGAUGUCCCAACUUAAAGUGGCAGCUCAAGGGAACAUGUUCACUUA